CGGCCUCUGUGACAUUGAUCCUCACUGCCGGAGACCGUGGAGCUCUCUUUCCGCUGCAUGUCACUCGGGGGCGGUCCAUAAGCUCGAGAAAACCCCAAUCAAACUGUACCUAUCAGUCACUCCAGCGACCGCUGUCGACGGAUUACCAAAUACCCUGCAGACUGCACAGAUCCACGAGGUUCACAGCACACACUAAACCACUAGCUGCAGUGACCACUUCUUCAUCCGAUGUAUUUACUUUUCCUACGGGCAAGGAGAAGAAGCGUUUGCAUUUGCUGAGGAAAUUAGUGCGUUUUCUCAACAUGCUGGAGAACGGCGGUAAGGUUCUGAAAGAGGGGCUUCUGGAGAAGCGAAGCGACGGCUUGCUGCAGCUUUGGAAGAAGAAGCACUGCGUCCUCACGGAGGACGGGGUUCUGCUUCACCCGCCGAAGCAGCACGAUCACCCGCACCAUCAGAACCACCACGGCGGAGGAGACACCGGUAAAGUCAAGGAGCUGCACUUUGCCAACAUGAAAACUGUGGACUGCGUCGAGAGAAAGGGGAAAUAUGUAUACUUCACUGUGGUCAUGUCGGAGGGCAAGGAGAUAGAUUUCAGGUGUCCACAGGACGAGGGUUGGAACGCUGAGAUAACUUUGCAGAUGGUGCAUUACAAGAAUAGGCAGGCGAUCCUGGCGGUGAAGUCGACUAGACAGAAACAGCAGCUUCUCGUAGUUCAGCUCCCGGGACAGAAAAUGAUUCGGAGCUCGCCAAACGUUGCGUGACCAGCGCCAUGGACAGUCGACAUUUGACGGUUGAUUGGACAUUCAGUGGAGGAAUUUGAUGUGGACUUGGACACCGGCUGCAUCUGCCCCGCCUCACAAAAGGAACAUCACCCGGCUGGAAACACCUCAUUUAGCUGUUGUUCCGUCCCAAAAGCAGCGUCAGUUUUUAAGUCCUAUUUUUCAUUAGUGACUCGUAUUUGAGGAAGAUGGACACUGAUGGACAAAGCAUAGGCCUCUGCCACGGCAUGUGAAAACCGUUGUAUUCUAACACUCGAUUCGGUGGUAUCCCUUAUUUAUUAGAUUGUUUAUAUUUUGUAUCUUAGGUGUCAUUGACGAAUGUGUAGUGCGGAUGUGUGAAAUGAAAACCAAUGGUUUUCUCAGAUUUGCUGGAAGAUUCCUGGAUACGGUAUGAGGUUUUACUAUAACUGGAAUUUAGUCUCAGUAUCUUUGUGAUCCCAGUGGAAUGAUUGAUUUUGUUACACCUUUGAAGGAGAUUUAUUGCGCUUUCCCUGGAAUCUGGAGCUAGAAUGUCUCAUUGUACAAACACACCAUGACACACAUGUCCUCAUUCUUUAAUUGAACCAAAGACUUACACUAUGUGCUAUAAACUUUCAGUUUUCUUCUUAAGUAUUGUUUAAUGUAAGACUGCAGAGAAGACUCCUGUUAUGGAGAAGUUAACAUCUCUUUUAUUUGCUUAAUUCUGUUACCUUCUGUAAUGUUCAGUGCUAAAUAUGGUAGGCCUACCAAUGUUACAUUAUCAUUACUACUAUAGAGUAGAGUUAGACUUCGGGAAGAAACACGUUUGAAUGCUAUAUAUUAUUUUCAAAGUCUUAAAUCUGUACAUAUUACAAACUGCAAUUGCAACAAAGUCCUAUUCAUUUGUAACUGGUAGAGGGAGAAAGUACAAAAGAAAAACUGGUUAAAAAUCAGAUUUUGUUAUUGUUGAAAUUAUUUUUCAAGUGUUUUUUCUUUGGCCUAUUCAUUUGGCUGAUGUUACUCCCCAGAUUUUCGUAGGAAGCUAUUCUGAUAAAAGGUUAACAUUGGAUUGGCUGUGCUGUCCUCACACUAUUCCUGGGUUGGUUGCUCUGUUGUUGAACCGACUUAUAGCUUUGUCCUUUUUUUACAGAGUCACUUUUCAGUUUGGUUCUUAUUUUGAAGCGAGAGCUAUUUUCAUACCUCUGAAAUAUACAUUCCAUUUCAAAUGA